CUCUCUAUCUGUUUUAUCUUUUCGUUUUUAAACGUUUCCUCUUCCAUUAUUGAGAAAACCCACCUAUCAGAAAAUGCCAAUUCCAUUUUCAAAAAAUAGAGAGACAAAAUUGUACUCAAUAUGAGACACAUGGCAGUGGACAGACAGUAGCACCAUCAUAGUACUGCAUUUUCUUGAUUUCUCCACAUCCUUUUUCACAUAUAGUCCUUUCUUCAGCUUCCUUGUUAAUACUUGUUGGUUUUCCUUCUCGCAUGAAGUAAGAAAUCAACUGACCAAAAAUAACUCUAUUUCUGCAUUCUUGAUCUUGUUAAAAGUUUUGCGGUUGAAGACACUCAAUAUAACCGUGGGAAAUGACUCAAGAUAAAAUAGAUGUUCGUCAACAUGGUGUGGUAGUUGAUCAGACGAAGUCAAAAGUCAAGUGCAACUAUUGUGGUAAAGUUGUUUCUGGUUUUAACAGGCUGAAAUACCACUUAGGUGGCGUUCGUGGAGAUGUAACUCCUUGCUUGGAGGCUCCGACACCUGUAAAAGAAGCACUGAAAGCUGAGCUACUUGAUAAGAAAAACGGAAAUUUUAAAAAGGAAGUCGGGCAACUUCACCACCCAAAUCUUCCUUUGAAGCGGAACUGGUGCCCCCAAGAAAGUGAUGGUGAACCAAAUGGAAAUAAAAAGCAUCAUAGAGUGGAUUCAAAAGUAGCUGGUAGUUGUGUUGUAGAUUCAUCGUCACGAGAGAUUUCAAAAUCUAUUGGGAGAUUUUUUUAUGAAUCAGGAGUUGACUUUGAUGCUAUCAAAUCACCUAGCUUCCAAAGGAUGGUAAAAGCCACCCUUAGGCCGCGGGAGACAAUAAAAUUUCCUAGUUGUUGGGAAUUGAAAGGAUGGAUCCUCCAGGAUGCAGUGAAAGAGAUGCAACAAUGUGUAACGGAGGUGAAAAAUUCAUGGGCAAGCACUGGGUGUAGCGUCUUGCUAGAUGGAUGGGUAGAUUCAAACGGUCGAAAACUGAUUAAUAUCCUAGUAUACUGCCCAAGGGGCACUAUUUAUCUCCGUACAUCAGAUAUUUCAUCUUUCAAUGGAAAUGUUGAUGCUAUGCUAUUAUUCUUUGAGGAAGUUGUAGAGGAAGUGGGAGUUGAAAAUGUGGUCCAAAUAGUUGCAUACUCGACAUCUGCAUGCAUGAUGGAAGCAGGCAAGAAAUUAAUGGAAAAAGGUAAGACAGUGUUUUGGACAGUCGAUGCUUCUCAUUGCAUUGAACUUAUGUUACAGAAAUUCACGAAGAUAGACCUGAUACAAGAAGUUUUGGACAAGGCAAAGAUUCUCACCCAAUUUAUUUACAGCCAUGCUACUGUCCUAAAGCUUCUAAGAGAUGCUUGUCCGGAUGAGCUAGUGAAACCUUCAAAGAUAAAGUCAAUUGUGCCCUUUUUGACUCUGGAGAACAUUGUAUCACAGAAAGAACACUUAGUUAUGAUGUUUCAGUCUUCUAAUUGGCAUACCUCAAUCUUGGCUUCUACGAGUGAGGGUAAAAGAAUGUCGAAAAUGGUUGAAGAUCUAACCUUUUGGACUGGGGCUUUAAUGGCUGUGAAGGCAACCAUUCCUCUGGUGGAAGUUAUAAAAUUGUUAAAUGGUACUAAUAAGCCAGAAGUUGGUUUUAUAUAUGAUACAUUAGAUCAAGCUAAAGAGACCAUCAAAAAGGAAUUCAAAGACAAGAAAUCCUGUUAUGCUAGAUUCUGGGAAGCCAUAGAUAAAAUAUGGGACGAAUAUCUCCAUAGUCAUCUCCAUGCUGCGGGUUACUUUUUGAACCCAACCCUUUUUUAUUCAAGCGAUUUCCACACUGAUGUGGAAGUUUCUUGUGGUCUUUGUUUUUGUGUUGUUCGCAUGGCAGAAGAUCGUCAUAUACAGGAUUUGAUCACGUCGCAAAUUGAUGAGUACCGCUUGGGAAAGGGCACGUUUCAUUAUGGAAGUUUUAAAGAUAAAUUAUCAAAUAUUUCCCCAGGUGCACUUUGGUGGUCUCAAUAUGGAGGUGACUGUCCCGAACUGCAAAGGCUUGCUGUUCGAAUCCUUAGUCAGACAUGCAAUGGUGCUUCACAUUAUAGGCUGAAAAGGAGCUUGAUCGAGACAUUAUUUACAGAAGGGAUGAAUCAGAUAGAGAAACAGAGGAUGCGGGACUUGGUAUUUGUCCACUGUAAUUUGCAGUUACAAGCUUUUGAUCCCGAAGGAAGAAAUGACGUUGCAGGUGAUGUUCUUGACCCAAUGGAUGAGUGGAUAGUCGGAAAAGAGCCCAAUCUGGUGUCCGAAAGCACUGAGCUUACAUGGAUGGACUUGGAAUUGGCAAGCAGAAAUGGGAAGGGAAAAGUUUGUGUUGAAGGACCUAUUAUUAUUCAUGUAAAGGAUGAAGAGUGAGAUAAAUGUAUAUAGAGUAGCAAAUGUAAAGUGGUUAUGGGUCUUUCUAAAGUACAAGUUUUGUCUAAUUAACGUUUAGUUUUUAAUACCAUGGGGUUUUGCUCUA